AUGGCCGACAAAUUUCUAGCCGAGAUCAAAAGCCGCCGAACUUGUUACUCGGUCGAGGCCGAAUCCCCAAUCAGUGAUGCUCGUAUUGUCGAAAUAGCCCGGGAGGUGGUCAAACACACACCCAGUUCCUUCAAUUGCCAGUCUACUCGUCUGGUAGUUCUUCUCAAAGACGAGCACGUCAAGUUCUGGGAUAUGGCAAAGGAGUGCUUCAAGGCAACUAUGAAACCAGACAUCUACAUAGAAUAUGAGAAGAAGUUGCUACAACGGCAGGCGGGAUACGGAACAGUACUACUAUUUGAAGACUUGGACGUUGUUAGAGAAUACCAGGCCAAGUUCCCUCGAUUCUCAACACAUCUCUUGCAAUUCUCUGAGCACAACAAUGCCAUGCAGACUUUCAAUCUUUGGACUGCAUUGUCUCUUGAGGGGCUUGGGUGCAACUUGCAACACAUCAAUCCUAUCAUAGACCAAAGGCUUAUCGGACAUUGGGAUAUCUCACCACAGUGGUCGCUGAAAGCUCAGUUAGUUUUUGGCAAGCCGACUGGUGAAGCUUUACAUGACAAAACGUUCCUCCCAACAGAGGACCGGUUAUUUGUACAUGGGAUCUGA